AUGCAGUGCUAUACGGAGCUGCUACCCCCAACGGGGGUCACCCAUGCAUUGGCGGUGCCCUUUAUCUCCGCAACAGCACAAAAUUUGAUCGUGGUGCGAUCUUCCCUGUUGCAGGUGUUCUCCCUCAUCAAAGCCUCCACUCAAAUAGAAGGCGAAGUCUCAGAGACCCACCCGUCAACAUCUCACCCAUCAGGAACGAAGCUACUCUUGGAAAAGGAGUAUCAAUUGCCUGGAACAGUCACAGACUUGAGCCGCGUCAAAACUUUGAACUCGAAAAGUGGCGGAGAGGCCAUUCUUCUGGCGGUCCGCAACGCGAAGCUCUCCUUGAUCGAAUGGGAUCCCGAACGCCAUGGAAUCUCUACCGUCUCCAUUCACUACUACGAGCGAGAUGAUCUGACGAGAAGCCCCUGGGCACCUGAUCUGAGCCGAUGUAGCAGCAUUCUCAGCGUGGACCCGAGUAGUCGCUGCGCGGUGUUCAACUUCGGGAUCCGCAACCUCGCAAUUUUACCCUUUCAUCAAGCGGGGGAUGAUCUGGUGAUGGAUGACUAUGAUUCAGAGUUUGAUGGAGAGCGCCCGGCUGUUGGGAAGAAUAACGACGGAACAACAUAUCAAACCCCUUACGCAGCUUCAUUUGUCCUGUCCUUGACGGCUUUUGACCCUUCUUUAUUACACCCAGUCAGCCUUGAAUUCCUCUACGAAUAUAGGGAGCCGACUUUUGGAAUCUUGUAUUCUCACAUUGCAACUUCGAGUGCCCUGGUUCACGAGAGGAAAGAUGUGAUGUUCUACACCGUCUUCACUCUGGAUCUCGAGCAACGGGCUUCGACGACCCUCUUAUCUGUUUCUAAGCUACCCAGUGAUUUAUUCAAGGUAGUGGCUCUUCCACCUCCUGUGGGAGGUGCAUUGCUCAUUGGUUCGAAUGCGAUUGUGCACGUGGACCAAGCCGGGAAAACCAACGCAGUGGGCGUGAACGAAUUUGCUCGCCUAGUUUCGUCAUUCUCUAUGAGCGACCAAUCCGAUCUAGCUUUCCGCUUGGAAGGCUGUGUUGUGGAGCGACUCGGAGGAGACAGUGGUGAUCUAAUUCUCGCACUUGCAUCGGGGGAUAUGGCCUUGAUCCGAUUUAAGCUUGAUGGUCGAUCCGUUUCAGGAAUGUCAAUUCAUCGCCUACCAGCACCUUCAGAUGGAAGUCUUUUGAACUCAGCAGCUUCUUGCUCUGCAUGCUUCGGCGACGGGAAUGUCUUUAUUGGCAGCGAAGAUGCGGAUUCAGUUCUUCUUGGGUGGUCUCAUUCGACUGCUUCCUUCAAGAAGGCAAGACUAGAAUCGAGACAAGGAGCUGAUGGCUUGGAUGAUCUCUCUGACGAUGAUGAGAUCGAAGAUGAUGAUCUUUACUCCUCUGUACCGGAGCCCAUUCGAACCGAUCAACGCACUGGCUCGGAUAAUACAACCUCUGGAUACUAUCACCUCCAUCUGAAUGACCGACUCUCUAAUAUUGGGCCUUUACGAGAUGUGACACUGGGAAAAACCUUCACUGCCACCAAGAAACUGGACCAGGAUCAGGAUCAGGAAAAUCCAUCCGAUAAGGAAGUCUCCGCCGACUUGGAGCUAGUCGCAUCACAAGGUUCCGACAGAGCUGGUGGCUUGGUCGUCAUGAAGCGUGAAAUAGACCCUGUCGUGGCAGCUUCCGUGAACAUCGAUGGAGCCGACGCCGUAUGGUCUGCUACCAUUCUCACCAAGGAGGAAGCUGCCAAUCAAUAUGUGAUAAUUUCAUGCCAGACAGAGAUCAAUGAAGUGUCCGAGGUCUUGAAAGUCGAGGACUCAGCCUUGCAACCCUACAAGGCCCCCGAUUUCAACCCUAACCAGGAUCACACCAUCGACAUUGGGCCUUUGGCCGGAUCAUCCCGUCUCGUCCAAGUCCUACAGAACGAAGUUCGAAGUUAUGACUCUGAACUGGGCUUAGCACAGAUAUAUCCGAUCUGGGACGAAGAUACCGAUGAAGAACGAGUCGCUGUCAGCGCUAGCUUAAUGGAUCCUUUCAUUGCCAUACUUCGAGACGAUGCUUCUCUUUUGCUCCUUCAAGCAGAUGAAAGUGGCGAUCUAGAUGAAGUUGCGCUACAGGAUGACAUUUCGAAUCUCAAAUGUCGUUCGAUUUGUCUCUACAAGGACAAAAACCACACAUUUACUUCGGCAUCGGAUUCUGUGGAUGGUGGUGACACGCUUCUGUUUGUUUUGACUUCAGACUACAAAAUUCUGAUCAUCCAUCUUCCUGACAUGAAGCAACUGUUUUUGAUCGAUGGCAUUGACUGCUUACAGCCGAUAUUGUCAGCCGAGCCACCACGACGAUCCAAUACGAAGGAAACCAUCAACGAAAUCCUUAUUACCGACCUCGGUGAUCGUUGGAGUACUUCACCCUACUUAAUUGCUCGAACCGAGAACGACGAAAUCAUCGUCUACAAGCCCGUCACAAUCUCCACAACAACCGGGGACCAACCGACCCAAGAGCUCCGAUUCUUCCGAGAAGCCCAUCACAGCCUCUCGAACAUAUCUUCCAAAACACCAUCAGAAGAAAUGCAAAGCCGCGCAAGGCCACUGCGCAAAUUCAACGACAUAUCAGGGCUCAGCGGAGUUUUCCUACCCGGCGUCUCUGCAGGAUUCAUCCUUCGAACAUCAGCAAGUUCCCCACAUCUAAUCCGUCUCCGUGGAGAUUUCACGAAAUGGCUCGACGGCUUUGACAGUGCAUCACUCGGCUGCGAGAAAGGCUUCAUCUAUGUCGAUUCAGAGAAUGUGAUUCGCGCAUGCCAAUUCGCACUGGAGACCCAAUUCGACCAUUCAUGGACGACGCGCAAAGUUCCACUUCAUGAACAAGUGGACUUUUUAGCCUAUUCCACCGCCUCGGAAACCUAUGUCGUGGCCACCAGCGUCAAGACCGAGUUCAAGCUUCCCGAGAACGACGAAUUGCACCCAGAAUGGCGGACCGAAGGCGUAUCAUUCUUGCCCGAGGUCCCGCAGAGCUCGAUCAAAGUCAUAAGUCCCAAGUCGUGGACUGUUGUUGACAGUUACCCGCUCGAGCUGGCGGAGCAUGUAACAGCCGUAAAAAACAUCAACAUCGAGGUCUCGGAGAAUACGCACGAGCGUAAAGACCUCAUAGUUGUCGGAACGGCCAUGGCCAAGGGCGAAGAUAUCCCCGCACGCGGAUGCAUCUAUGUAUUCGACGUGAUUGAAGUGGUUCCUGAACCGGACCGGCCCGAAACAGGUCGCAAGUUGAAGCUAAUUGGCAAAGAGACCGUCAAGGGUGCCGUGACUGCGCUAUCGGGAAUUGGUGGUCAGGGAUUCGUGAUCGUGGCCCAGGGUCAAAAGGCCAUGGUUCGAGGCUUGAAGGAAGAUGGAAGUCUUCUCCCUGUUGCUUUUAUGGACAUGCAGUGCUAUGUCAGUGUUACGAAGGAACUCAAGGGCACGGGUAUGGUUUUACUUGGGGAUGCUAUGAAGGGUCUUUGGUUUGCGGGUUACUCGGAGGAUCCAUAUAAAAUGGCCCUCUUCGGCAAGGACCCGGAAUACCUCGAGGUUGUCACCGCGGAUUUCCUGCCGGACGGGAAUAAAUUGUAUUUCUUGGUUGCCGACAGUGACUGCAACCUGCAUGUGCUGCAAUACGACCCUGAAGCUGUCUCAUCCGAACUCCUCAAAUUCACCAACAACACCUCAUCCAACUCCGACUCCGACAUGGACAUGGACCUAGACACCACCACCCCGCAAACAUCCACGCACCAAAUCCUCCUAACAUCCCAAAACGGCUCUAUUGGCCUAAUAACCCCCAUAACCGAAGAUACCUACCGGCGCCUCUCAGCGCUGCAAUCGCAAUUAAUCAACACAAUCGAGCACGCGGGCGGAUUGAAUCCGCGCGCGUUUCGCGCUGUUGAGAGUGAUGGCGGUGGUGGGCGGGGAAUGGUUGAUGGGACUUUGGUUAGACAGUGGUUGAAUCUGGGCAGGACGAGGCAGGCUGAGAUUGCGGGACGGGUUGGGGCUAGUGAGUGGGAGAUUAGGGGGGGAUUUGGAGGUUGUUGGGGGGGGAUGGGUUGGGGUAUCUCUAAUGUGAUGAUGAUGUGA